AUGGAGAAUUACGGGCUCGACGUUGCAACAAGGAAGACGGAGAUGGUACUAUUGACGAGGAAAGAGAUAGAUACCAUCAUCCUCCUCAAGGUACAAGAAGAAGAUGGAAUGACGAAGGAUGCCGUAAAAUACCUAGGAAUGACACUGGAUAGAAAGCUCACUUUCUGGAGUCACCUUAGGCAAGCAGCAGACAAGGCGGUGGCAAGAGUAGCAACAUUAAGCCGAAUCAUGCCAAACGUUAGAGGUCCAAAACCUGCAAAACGCAGGCUCCUCAUGUCUAUGGCCCAGUUUAUUAUUUUGUACGGGGCUGAGAUAAAGGGAGAUAAAAUUAACGUAGAAAAGAAGAGAGUGAAAAUCACCUAA